UCCCUUCUCGUCAUCGCAAUGCAUACAAAGACCAACAUCAACCAUACAUUCUUGUUUCCCAUUUUACCCCUCCUUGCAAAAUAUCCCAAUGCCAUUAAUCCUAAAUCUCACACCAUUCGCCGGACCUACCACGACUCUCCGAUCUCCGGCCAGUGUCACGACGGUCAGGGCAUUCACGGCGACGAUCGAUUCCCGGAGGCCGGCGAGCCUCUACGAAGUUCUCCGGAUCAAGCAGAACGCGUCGGCGGUGGAGAUAAAAUCGGCGUACCGGAACCUGGCGAAGGUGUACCACCCUGAUUCCGCGCUCCGGCGAUCGGAAUCGGACGAAAGGGACUUCAUCGAGAUCCACGACGCGUACCAGACGCUGUCGGAUCCGUCGGCGAGAGCCGUGUACGAUCUGUCGUUGACGGCGGCGCGUGGCGGUAGUGGCUCCUUCACUUCUUUGGUGGCCCCCGAUGGGUCUUCCCGGUUGUACUACCAGACCCGCAAGUGGGAAACGGAUCAGUGCUGGUAGAUUUUUAACAAAUUUAUGGGUUCAUCAGAACAAAAGAAAAAUGAACAGAAAAAAAAUGUUAGUAAGAAAAAAAAAGAGUCUGUAAAUUACAUUUUAACCCAUUUUGUUACUUUUUUUUUCUUGUGCUUGCCUCAAUGUUCAGUGUCAUCAGUGUUCUAUUAUGAAUAGGGAUCUGAUGGCUAAUACAAUUUUUUGCAUAGAGGUAAAAUAUUGUAUUCAUUAUAAAAUGUUACUUCUUUUUUUUCAGUUGGAAGGCCAUAUAUUAAUGUAUUGAGAUAAAAUGGUUUUGACA